AUGGACAUAGAAAUGAAAAGCAAAAAGAGGGAUUUGUUAAAGCCGCGGAAUUGGUUUGGAAGGUCUAGGUCUUCAUCUCGAGCAUCAAGCGAGCGUCGAACUGCUACAUCUGCGAGACUCAGCACAUCGUCUCAUUCAGAUGCACCUCUAGAGCGAUUUAGCGCCUCUCUUCUUUCUCAUGCAUCAGAGCCUUCCUCACGCGAAAGGCCAUCUACGUCUCUCGUAGAAUCUCAACUGGCUGAGGUUCAUCUAACCCCGCCUUUGCCGACCACAGAAUCCCAACCACCACCGCUUUGUUCACGCCCCUUGUCAUCGCCUUUUCCUUCGAAUUCUGUCAAAGUCGAAGUCGAAGUUCCAGAGCCGCCGACUCCGUUUUCAGACCUUUGGGCUCGAGCCUUCUCUGAGGUUAAUGACGAAACUCAGAAAUGGAUCAAGAAGCAUAGACUAGACUCCUCCACAGGCCUUGCGCAGCCAAAAGACCAAAUUAAAGAACUCAUUAGGCUCGUCGAGAGCAACAAGCUCUCUGAGCAAAAUGACGAACCACUGAAAAUCGAGAUUGGAAAUCAAACAAUCAUUGUCCGAGAAUACAUUGCCGAUGCUGUUGCCUUUAUUACUAUGGUUGGUGACGCUGCCGUCACCUUUGCCCCUCCACAGGCCAGCGCGCCGUGGGCUGUUGCAAAGGCGGUCUUAAAAAUUCCGGUAAAACACAUUGAGCAAAAGGCCGCUCUUCUGGGAACCGUUCAAUGGUUUGCACGCAUUGUUCGUAGAGGACAAAUCUACGAGGCUAUAUAUAAUGCUGCGAUUACAGAUGAAAGAGCUAUUAAGAAUUUAUACGAUGCACUCUUAGACGUAUACAAGACUGCUCUAGAAUUAUUGGCCUCUUCAGACACCUUAUUCGAUAGUGGAAUAGCCAGACGGACGUUAAAAGCAGUCUUGAGACCAGAGGAUGCUGCUGGAAACGUGAACGACCUAUAUAAGAAAGAACAACAGUUUAUUAUAGAGGUCCAAGCCUGUGAGGUCUCGCGGUCUGUAAUUUCGUCCAAGCAGGCAAACGACAGCUUGAAAGAAUUAAAGAAACAAUUAGAUCAGCUAUCGACGCCUCUUCUUCGGAUGGAUAAAGGGGUUGCGACUCUUCUAGAAAAGUUGGAAGAAAACGAGUUCGAUGAAUUGAUGUACUUCAUUAGCUCAGAGAUGUUCGGGAAAAGCCAUGCUGCUGUCACUGACGCAAGGAUAGAGCACACUGGGGAUUGGAUAUUGGUCAACAGAGAUUUCCGUGCUUGGCAAGAGAUAUCUUCUUCUUCGGCUGUUUUAUGCCUUAAGGGAACCGGUGAGUUCUCUCUUCAAAGCCGUCUCUUUGAUCUGGAUGAGGUAGCUUUAUCUGACAUCGACCGUUUAGUUGGCACCGGCAAAACGUAUCUGACGUCUAAGGUGGUCGAUUACGUCAAGCAAACACUUGAUACGUCGCAACAUGAUGAAGGGUUUGCCUAUUUUUACUGUACUCGAUCAGGCCCUUCGAUGCAAGACCCAAUCGUUGUCUUAAGAAGCUUUGUUCGUCAGCUAGCUGGCAAGGCCUUUGGUGAACCUGGCCUCAUCCAAAGUAGCCUCGCACAGAAAUGUAAGGCUGCGAAGAGAGAGGGGAGAGAAUUAGGUUACAAGGACUGCAAAACCUUGAUUCUGGAAUCCUUGAAUCUAUAUUCAAAGACAACGAUUAUUCUGGAUGCUUUGGACGAAUCUGACAUCACCACAUAUAACUUGUGUACUAUUCUUAUCGAAAUGAUAGAAGAGUCCAGAAGACCUGUCAAGAUUUUUAUUUCUACCCGACCAGACCGGAAGUAUUUAAAGGCAUUCCGAGAUAAGCAUAUUAUUACUCUGGAUGCUAGCAAUCAGCAAGGAGACAUUGACAGAUUUCUCGAGGAGAAGCUUUACUCUACCGAAUCGUUCAUGGAGCGAAGUCAAGAAGCCCAAUACAAAAUUAAACAGGUUUUUGCAACGCGGAGCUGCGGAAUGUUCCGAUGGGUUUACUUACAAGUGAGAAGCCUUGAAAAGCAUAUCACGGAUGAUGCAGUCCAUAAUUGGGCCCUUAAAUUGCCUCGCAAUUUAACAGAAGCGUAUGAUCAGCUUUGGGACCAUAUGAGAGGGUAUGAUGACUCCGAUGUCGACCUGGCUGAGCGUGCCAUUAUGUGGGUGCUGUGUUUUAUUGGGCCACUCACGUCGAAAGUCUUUUUAGAAGCCAUUCGGUAUGCCGUCCAAGGAUCCACAGUGAUACAAAAGAAAGAACAGACGCAGCAACAAAUUCUAUCACUUUGCCAGGACCUCCUGACUAUUGAUGAAGAAAGGGGUGUUUGGAUGCUGCCACAUGCCUCUGUGGCGGAAUAUUUUGAGUCAAGAGGCUACACGAAUUGGAAGUGCCAUUUGUUUGCUUCAAAAGUGUGCCUCGGUGUUCUGGAAAACUUUUGGCCAGAAGAGAUAAGAUACAGGGAUAGCAGUUUUGGAUAUUACCUUCUAGAACAUUGGGGCAAGCACGUUGGGCGAUACGAUCAAUGGCUAGGAACGAUGGAAGAAGGAAAGGCCGACCUGCAUCUUGUAGAGGCCCUGGAGCGCUUCCUCGGCUCACCAGAUGAAAGCAGCGCCAACUAUCGAAAAUGGGCCGGGACUAUGGGUAAAGACUUCGAACCAACCAACAUGGCUUUGUUUGCCGUGUGUGAGUAUGGAUUAUGGUACACUUUGCGCGACUGGUGGCUGCACAGCAAAGUGACCAUGGAGAUGGCCUUCGAAAAAACCGGCUACCGCAAUACCUCAUUGAUGCUCGCGGUUGAGAGCAAAUGCUUGCCAAUGGUCAAACAUUUGGUCGACUUGAUUGACGUUAUGCAUCCGGAUGCUGCGGUGAAUUGCGUUGGUGCGUUGAUUUUCGCACUCGAAGAAGAAAAUUUCGACAUUGUGAAGUUGUUGAUAAUGGAAGCAAGUACAGAUGUUAACCUUCCAGACCACAAGCGCGGAAUAACUGCUGCACAGUUGGCCACCGAUUAUAGCCCCGCAAGGCUGCAAUGGAUGCUGGAUCAAGGCGUCGUAGACGUGGAGAGGGAGAAUAAUAGCGGAUUCAUGUUUGGCAACGUCUUGAUUGCAGCGGCGUGGCAUGGCGAUGUCGAAGCGGUCCAAAUGCUGCUCAAAGCUGGAGCCAAUGUGAAUGCGGCCGUGCACAACGGCAGGUACGGGAGUCCUCUUAUCACUGCAGUAGAAAGAAGGAGCCUGGCAAUUGUCCGGCUGCUACUCGAUCAUGGCGCAGAUCCAAAUUUGCCCCUAAAAGGUGGAGACUAUGGCAGCGCUCUCGAGGCAUCAAUGAUAGAGACGUGGAGGACAGAUCGUAAAGAAGAGCAAGAAGAAAUACGGCACUUGUUGCUUGAUGCCGGUGCAGAUCCCGCAGCCGUGUCUGAACGAGGGGAGCACGGAAGUACACCGGCUGCUGCAGCGUUCUGGGCACACAAGGAAAUCCUCAUGGUCAUGAUUGACCGCGUUGGGGUAGAGGGUGCCAUCCAAGCGUUUCGUCAGAGCAGACAUCCUUAUAGAAGAUUCUUUCAAGGCGAAGAAGACGUCCAGAGGUGGAAGGACACAGUCACGUACCUCGGCCAAGUGGGGGUCAGUAAAGAGACGCUUCAUGCCAUCGGAUUGCGGGAGGAUAUCGAGCUUGAGAGUAGUGACAGCCAUUGGGGGAAGUAUUUGCUGGAUUACUCAAAGCUAAACCAUUACGAUAACUAAAAGAAAAUACUCACAGGCCUGCACCACAGCGGCUGCCUGAAUUUAAAUAUCGGAACAGGAUGCGAAGGGAAGCAUUUAAUUUUAUUGUCUACCUAGUUAGUAGGUAGUAGGUUGUAGAUAUCCAGCUCUUUAAGCACCUACCGCUGUCACUUCUUUCUGUUACUAUCGAUACUUUAUUCCAGUAUAUAGUACUAUCGCUAUCUUUUUCUAGUAUAUGCUACUUUCGUUACAUUUUUCUAGUUUCCC